CCUGAGGCAGCACAUCUGCUAUAGACCUCGACGUCUUCGGGACUUACGCUGCUAGUGCUACCGGCCUCAUAUUCAUCGUGCCGAUCAUGGCCUUCUUGAAAUCACUCAAGACGUUGGCAGGAAGAGUGCUGAUCCGCGCCUAGGGCGCGCUCAUGUUCGUCGGGACUGCAUGCUCGAUAGCAGCGACGUGGAGGCCGUGGCCGUACGAGGCGCUGUGUGUGACGAAGACAGGGGCGUUGUUGACAACUGUAAGCCAGUUGGAUGUCGCGACGUUCAAUUACACGUACUCGUGUUCCAGGACGAGGAAUAUCAUUCGCGGCCCGACGGAUGUGGUGGCGAUGCCAGUGAGCUUGAUUAACGACAAGGCGAUGUUGCAGCUGUAUAUUUGUGCGGUUGGGAUAGCGAUCUUGACUUGCUGCAACUUGGUCGUGUACCUGAUUUUCUCAGCAUGUAGUGGUAUCGCGGAGGGGGCGGCGAGAGCGGGGAGGGGAAAUUGCAUGUUUUGGAUGUAUAUGUCUGCUGCGUUCUUCUCGCCGUUGAUGUUUAUCAUCAAUAUCUCCAGUACUGGAUCCUUCUUCAAAACGAGUCACAUACCGAUAUCCGAGGAGCUAAACCUUGUGGGACAGUAGUCCGUUGUGAUGGUAGCAGGGUUGGUGGUUGUUGCUCCUACUAUCAAUAAGUGGGCGCAUCAUAGGCAGACGGAGAGGGAGGGAGAGACUGGCACCGAAGAAGGACAAGAGGCAGUGAAGUCAAUACAUAUAAUCAACAAUGGACAGUAUCACUUGGAGCCUGGCAAUGGUAUGGCACAAGCGCACGGAAUAGAGCAGUGGGUUUAUGUGUAGCCAAGUGGUCAGGAAGGCAAUGAGAUGGGGUAGUUUUAGCUACCUUAACAUCAACCAUU